AGAAAAUGCCGAAAAUACAAUCUCAAAAACGGAGGAAUAACCAAAAAACUUAUGUCAACAGUUCUAAAUAAAAUCAAUAUCUUGCGAAUCGUUUUUUACUGCUUUUCAUUCAUGUUUGACAUAGGAAAGUGAUCUUUUAAUUUGCAUUAUGAUCCCGAAAGCUAAUAUCUUCGGAGUUUUUGGUUCCCGCGAUAUAGAUUCGGCAUAGGAUAGAUAAAUUUUAAAUUAUAGUCCAUAGAAUUUCUAGAUCUUCUUCCUUUGAUUCGAGCUAAUUGUUAGUUAUCCUCUGCAAUAAAUGAUUUACGACCAAUAUUUUAUAGUUUUUCCCAAUGACCUGUCCCUGGUCACGUUUAAUGGAACCAGAAUUAUGUGGUGUCAUCUUUAAGCUUUGUGUCUAGAGUGUAUUUGAUAGGACUGACUACUACAAAUAUUGAUAAGAUAUUGGCCCUGGUAAUUGACAGUUCUAAUCACAUUGAUUUUUUUUUUUGUAGCUGGAUGCGUUCGAUGUUCCGUAAGGGACGUCAUGACCAAUUGGAUGCAAAUGAAUUGUACGAACAUUUGCCCAGUUUCGAUAGUGAAUCUCUGGCCGAGGAUUUACAACCGCAUUGGGAGAGGGAGAGACAACGCAAGAAACCCAAUGUGCUGCAUUUAAUAUUUAAAGUAUUUGGCUGGCAAUUUGUUCCAAUUUGUGUCCUAUAUUCCGCACUAGAAAUAGCCAUACACGCCUUUCAACCUCUGUUGUUGGGAGGAUUGAUCUCAUACUUUUCCCAGGGUCAGACGAGCAUAAGCAAAGAGAGCGCCUAUCUCUAUGCCAUGGGAAUUGUGCUCUGCUCUUUGGUGACCUCACUGGUGUUCCAUCCGUUUAUGUUCUAUGUAUUUGCGCUGGGCACAAGAAUACGUCUGGCGUUCGCUGGUCUGGUCUAUAGGAAAUGUUUGCGGGCCUCUGUGAGCAGUGGUGAGAGCCUGGGAGCUUUGGCCAUUUCCGUAAUGUCCAUUGACCUGCCGCAGUUUGAUUUGACCUUUUACUUCUUUCACGAUCUGUGGAAGGGUCCAGUGGAGGCUGUGAUAUUCGGUUAUAUAAUGUUUGUGACAGUCGACUGGACAGCAAUUAUAGGAAUCGCAUUCAUUGUAUUGCUCAUUCCCCUUCAGGCCUGGGCAGCUAAGGCGGCCACACAUUUCCGUUCCCUCUCGGCGGAGCAUCGUGAUGAGAGGGUUAAGCGGAUGAGCGAGAUUAUAAGUGCCAUUCAGGUGAUCAAAAUGUAUGCUUGGGAGAAAUCCUUUGGCCGCCUCAUAGCCGAGGUGAGGAAAUCGGAAGUGCGAGCCAUACGGGGUUCCGUCAGCAUCUAUGCGGGACUCCAGUGCACCAAUAUGAUAUCCAAGAUUUCACUUUUCCUCAGUCUGAUUGCCUAUGUGUAUACGGGAGAAGUGGUCACGGCCCGCAAGGUCUUCAUACUCUCCUCGUAUUAUAGUCUUCUCAAUGAUUCGUUGCUCCAUUUUUGGCCCUUGGCUGUAACCACUUGGGCCCAGACUUUGGUCAGUGCUCGUCGUGUUGUGGAAUUCCUGAAGCAAACGGAGAAACCAUCUACGGAAGGUUGUUGUCGGGAUAAUCCUGGCCUCAAACUGGACUCGGAUGUGGAGAAACCAUCACCUUAUGGACGUCGUCAUUGCACCAAAAGUGAGGUGAAAUCCCUUAGCUUUGCUGCAGUCAGCGCCAGUUGGGAUAAAGCUUCUGUUCAGCAACGUCGUCGUUGUCACCUUGAGAGCAUUAGCUUUGCCAUCAAAGCGGAUCAAUUUGUUGGCAUUGUUGGCAAUGUGGGAUCGGGUAAGACUACCCUGCUUCAUGCCAUAUUGGGUGAACUGGAGCUACUUGACGGACGUGUGGAGAUACAUGGAAGGAUCAGUUAUGUUGCGCAACAGCCUUGGGUAUUCCAGGCCAGCAUUAGGGAGAAUAUUUUAUUUGUAGAGACCUUCGAUGAGGAACGCUACCGAGCAGUUUUGCAUGCCUGCCAAUUGGAGCGGGAUUUGUCCCUAUUGCCACAUGGAGAUGCUACCAUAGUGGGUGAGCGCGGGAUCAGUCUUAGUGGUGGUCAAAAGGCCCGCAUCAGUUUGGCUCGAGCUGUGUAUAGACAGGCGGAUAUCUACAUCUUUGAUGAUCCCUUAGCUGCCGUUGAUGCCCAGGUGGGUAAGUUGCUAAUGGACAAGUGUUUUUAUCGUCUGCUCCAUGGUAAAAUGCGGAUUCUGGUCACGCAUCAUGUGCAGCUGCUAAAGGAUGUCGACCAUUUGCUCCUGAUGGAGUCGGGUAGGCUAACCCAGCAGGGUUCCUAUGAGCAACUCAAAGAUAUCAUAAGUCAACAUGCUGCUCUGGAUCUGGAGGCAAUUGAAGCAGAUAAAGUCCAAGUUAAACGGGUCCUGAGUCAAGUGGAUCGUACAUCCAAGCAGCUAAGUGUAGAUGGAGCCAAUCCCGACGAUCCCAACGACGAAGCCUUUGCCGAACAUCAAGAGCAGGGGGCCGUCUCCUUUGCCACCUACAAGGCCUAUUUUCGGGCUAUGAAUGCUCCAUUGAUGGUCAUCGUGGUGUUUCUGCUGUUCAUUUUGGCCAGAGCCUGUCAAGCGGCCAUGGAUAUAUUCAUCUCACGCUGGGCCACUUGGGAGGAG